AUGACCUGCGACGACGGUGACUCGCACAUCUUCACCCAAGUGACCCUACGUCACGAUUUACCAGAGGAAACCCUCACCACGGCCUCACCUUCCUUUUGUCGGCAUGAUCCUCGCAGUCUUCGUGAGCAGCGCAAGCUCUGCGUGGAGAGCACAAUAUACGUGAAGGCGGAAGAGCGAUGCAGCUCUGAUCGAGUUAACGGUCAAGGUGCGCACCUCCUGGGCAGAACCGCGGCGAAAAGUGCGCAUUUACGUUGUGACCGGACGCCGAGCACAGCGCAUGCGCUGCUACCAUGCAAGAGUCGAACCGAGCUUGCUUCGGAGUAUGUGUGUGUGGAGUGA